GUGCCCGUUCGUCAUUUCCUUUGUUUCCCAACAUGGUCGAAGGAAAAGUAAAUUUAACGGAUGAAUAGAUUUGUUUUGAAGAAAUUUAAUUUGUGUGAUUUUGUCAUGGAUUGAUCCCAGUUUAAAGUACUAUGGAGUAUAGAUGGAGUUGGAGGGCUUGUAUAUUAUUAUUAGUAGUGGCCUUAUGUCAGGGCAAUCAUUAUUUAAAUCAGUUUGCUAUACAGUGUGAAGAUGGUAGAAAUACGGCCGAGAGUAUUGCUCGAGAACAUGGAUUUAUUGUAGAAAGAGAGUUGCCCAAUAUAGAUGUAUUUAUACUGUCUCAUCCACAUGUUCAUCACAGAUCUAAAAGAAGUGCUCAAAAUAUUUUACAAAAAUUACUCGACCAUCCUCAGGUUCUCCAUGCUCAACAAGAGAUAGAAUUAAUACGUGAAAAGAGAGGUAUAAUAUAUGAUAAACAACUAGAAUUACCUAUACGUGAAAUACAUGAUGAUACAGUAUAUCAUAGAAUAGAAUCACCACGGUUACAACUAAAAGAUGUCAUUCCUGGCAGUAGCAUGCAACCAAGAGAUCCCAAAUUCCAUGAUCAGUGGUAUAUUAAAAAUGUUGGACAAAGUGGAGGAGUGAAGGAUAUAGACUUAAACGUUAUUGUAGCUUGGGAAAAUGGAUAUACAGGUACUGGUGUAGUAGUUAGUAUACUGGACGAUGGAGUUGAUCAUACCCAUACAGAUUUGAAAGAUAAUUAUGAUCCAAAAGCCAGCACAGAUUUAAAUGACAGAAACAGUGAUCCUAUGCCUAAUGUUACUAACAUUUACAAUAGUCAUGGUACAAGAUGUGCUGGAGAAGUGGCAGCAGCUGCUGACAAUGAUAUGUGUGGUGUAGGCAUAGCUUAUACAUCAAAAAUAGGGGGUGUGAGAAUAUUAGAUGGUAAAGUAACGGAUAGUCUGGAAGCUGAAGCUCUUACAUUUAAUAUGAAUUAUAUAGACAUCUAUAGUGCAUCAUGGGGACCUAAAGAUAAUGGUGCUACAAUGGAAGGUCCAAAAUUUUACGGUGCAGCAGCUUUACGUAAAGGUGUUACACAGGGUCGUAAAGGAUUGGGUAAUAUAUAUGUGUGGGCUACAGGUAAUGGCGGUGCUAUGGGUGAUGAUUGUAGUGCUGAUGGUUAUGUAUCAAGUAUAGAAACAUUAUCAGUUGGAUCUAUCACAGAUAAAGGAAGACGACCAUAUUUUAUGGAGAAUUGUACUUCAACAAUAGCAGUGGUACCGAGUGGUGGGGAAGAGGUUCCGGGUGAAGAAAGAAGACAUAAUAUAACUAAAUUGAAAGUUGUAACAACAGAUAUAAAUAAUGGUUGCAUCGAGAAUUUCCAAGGAACAUCAAGUGCUGCACCAUUAGCUGCUGGUUGUGUUGCUCUACUUCUACAGGCUAACCCUAAUUUGACCUGGCGUGAUGUUCAACAUAUAGUUAUACAGACGGCUAGAAUUCCCAGUAUUGAUGAUAGCUGGAUUAUUAAUGGUGCAGGGCUUCAUGUCAGUCAUAAAUUUGGUUAUGGAGUAAUGGAUUGUGGUAAAAUGGUUCAACUUGCACAAACAUGGAAUAAUGUUCCUGAACAACAUACAUGCUCAUAUAAUAAAACCAAUGUAAAUCUGAAGAUUGGAAGUCGAAGACAUAUUGAAAGUGAUAUUUUUGUGGAUGGUUGUAAAGAUGAUUCAAGUCGACGUAUUGACAGACUGGAACACGUACAGAUCCAUGUCAAGUUAAAUCAUAAUCGUAGAGGAGAUAUACAAAUCUUUCUGACUUCUCCUGCUGGUACGAAAUCCGAGAUGCUGUCUCCACGUUCCAGAGAUGACUUUAAAGGGGAAUUUAGUUUCACCUUUAUGUCUGUUCACACUUGGGGUGAAUUUCCGUCAGGAUUGUGGAAGCUGGAAAUUUAUGAUAAUCCCGGAAAUUCUGGUCGAGAUACAAAUCAAGGUUGGCUUUCAGAAUGGUCGUUGAUAUUAUAUGGUACAUCGGGCAAGAGGGUUGACAGAAUGUUGUCGUAUCUCUCCAGAGAACAACGCGCCAUCACACCUGACAUCGAUCAAGUUACAAAAAUAAUGGACGAAGAACAUGUCAGAUCUAAAAGAGUAUCAAUCAAGCGUAACUUCACGCCUAGUAAAGUUGAGAAUAAAAAACGAAAAUACUCGAGUGAAACAGACCUUAUCGCUAAUGAACUCCUGAAAGCAUUACUAGGUUCAUCAAAUACAAAGAGAGGUAACUCUAUUUACACUGACACCAAAUCAAAUCAUAAGAAAAUGAAUGAAAUCAAAAAUGAGGAAGAAAGAUUUGAUGCAAGAAGUUUGAGUAGUAAUUCUCAAAAAGAAAAGAAAAACUUGAAAUCUGAGAAAUCAGACACUCAAUUGUUAAUAGAUAUACUAACGAAAUUAACCGAGACAUAAAUGCAAUCAAACAUGACAGCAUAUAUUUAUUUAUAUACAUCGUCCAAAUUUAAUAUAUUUUAUAUAAGAAUGUCAUACCUUUUUUGACUUCAUUAUUUGAGGUAUACAAAAAUUACUGAAAAAAAUUAUUUUAUUAUUAACGUUUCUUUAAAGUACGUAUAGCUCUUCAUUUGAAACCUUAAAAUAUAGAAAAGUACACAUUAAUGUAAUAUGAGUGUAUAGAAAUAUACAUUCGGUGAAAUACGUGAGCAGUCCAAAUUGAAUGGCAGUCGUUUGCAUCUGGUUAGUCCAAUUUACACAGUCAUCUUUUUUUGGAUCAGCCAUUUUAAUUAUUUCUGAGUUGAUUUGUGGGACAUGUUUUGCUUUGUUCAUUAGAAAUGGCUCUGACGGCCAUGUCUGGAAAUGAUUCUUCAAUUUUUUGACUUCAUUAUUUGAGGUAUACAAAAAUUACUGAAAAAAAUUAUUUUAUUAUUAACGUUUCUUUAAAGUAUGUAUAGCUCUUCAUUUGAAACCUUAAAAUAUAGAAAAGUACACAUUAAUGUAAUAUGAGUGUACAGAAAUAUACAUUCGGUGAAAUACGUGAGCAGACCAAAUUGAAUGGCAGUCGUUUGCAUCUGGUUAGUCCAAUUUACACAGUCAUCUUUUUUUGGAUCAGCCAUUUUAAUUAUUUCUGAGUUGAUUUGUGGGACGUUUUGCUUUGUUCAUUAGAAAUGGCUCUGACGGCCAUGUCUGGAAAUGAUUCUUAAAUGUUCAUUGUGUAUUAAAUAUCGGAUAUCAAGAGCCCAUACUUUCACAGUAAGAUAACAAUAUAUCAAUAUUGAUUGAAAUUGACCAAUCAAGUUAGAGCUAUAUGCCCUUUAAAGGUCAAUGUCUGUCUAUGUUAUAUAGACUAUUUUAGCCAGGAAAAUUGUUCAGAUGGUCAGGUAAAAGAGUUUCUUUACUUGAAAAAAAAAAUAAAAAAUUUCCCUCACAUAACUAUGGCCACAUUUAUUUAAACGUUUGGACUACAGGAACACCAAUUAAUAUUUUGUGUCCAAUUUCUGAGGGAAAAAAUAAUGAUUUAAAACCCAAAUUACUUGGUUGCUCUUCUCAAAAACUUUUAGUUCCACAUUUUUAUUUUUUGAAAUUCAAAAUAAUACAUUUUUCAUGGACUCAAGUGGAUAUUUAUUGGUCAAUACCAAGAAGAACUAAAUAUUGUAUUGGUUUGGUCUAAUGUUAUUGUAAUGCCUAUUCCAUCUUUAUUUUGAAUUCCAUUUUUACAAAUUCAUUUUUAUUUUUUUUAAAUUUUAUUUCUGAUACCUAAUGAAAGUAUCUCUUUAUAAGACAUAGGAAAACAAAAUAAUAAUAUUGCAUUUUCCCAACAAAUAACUAAUGCUUAUGUAAGUAUUCUUACUGCCUACCGGUAUUCCAUAUAUAUUGUGAAUUCCCUUUUUUAUAACUUAUUUUUCUUUUUAAAUUUUAUAUGUCAUAACUGAUGAAAAUGUAUUUAUCUCUCUGUAAGUAUUAUAUGUCAAUCGCCCAAAUCCUUGUUAAAUCACAUAAAACUACUUUAAAUGGUCAACAUUAGUAUGUGAUGUUAGUUUAAUAUUAAUUAUACAUUUGAAAAAAUUUGAGUAGAGAUCUAUUUAUGGAGUCUUUAUGAGAUUCAGUGAUUAUUUGAUUUAAAGGCUUGAUGCGUCAUUUGCAUUUCUGCUAAAAUGAUAUGUAAUCAAAAUAGCAUAUUAACAAAUGUCAGUUGUGUCACAUGUUGGUAGAAAUAGAAGUGAAUGAAAUUAUUAUUGAAUUUGUCUACUGCUUAAAAAUUCUAGCAGUUUGUUCUCUCCUAAUUGUUUUUUAAAUUCUGUAUUAACGAGAAGCUUUUUCCAAUAUAUUUUUUUCACAUUAUGUUGUCAUAUAUUAAAGAAAUGUUAUUUAAUAUUUAUUAUAACCCAAAAUUGUUACUUGCUCUUUUUCAAAUUCUGUAUUUUGCAUUUUCCAAUAUACUUUUCUUACAAAGUUAUAUUGUAGAAAUGUUAUGUGAUAUGAAAACCACUCCCGUAUUAUAACCCAAAACAACAUACUUUCAAGAUGUUACUAAACGAGAAUUUCAAUGAUAUAUUUAUCAUUGUCCAUUAUAUUUUUUUUUACACAUUGUGUUAGAAAUGUUGUUUGGUAUGGAAACAACUAUUAUAACCCCAAGGUUCAAACUGCAUACCUUAUAGAUCGGGGGUAGUCAACCGAUUACAUCCCUUACGUCAAUUCAGAUGUGCUGUACAACUCUUGUAUAGUUAUAACUUGUAUGUUUAUAGACAUAAUUAGCAUUUUUAUAUGAUAAAAUUAUUAAAUAUAAAAACAAUAUUUAGUAAAGCAGAUAAACAUUUAAUGAGCCUUUUGAGUCUGUUUUGGAUAAUAAAAUUACUAAUAUUAAUGAGUAGGCUUACUGCCUUACUUUAUGAUUAUCACAAUGAUGCAAUGUUACUCUUUUUAUUGAGAAUUCCAAUAAUAUAUUUAUUAUGUUACCAUGCAUAUCAAUUUUAACCCUAUAUGAAUUUUUUUCUGUUAUAUUUCUACCAUAUCAAUGUUUUAACAUUCCAUAUUAACUGUUAUCUAUUAUAUUUCUACCAUAUUAAUGUUAAUUUCAUAUGUUAUAUUUCUACUUUUUUUUCUUAACCACUUUGAUAUUUUGGGUAUAUUUGU